CCAUCAGGCAAGCAGCCAUGAGCGACAGAGACCGAUCUCAAAGCCCCAGGCGCGACAGACGCUCAGCUUCUCCUCGCAGAGAUGACGAAGACCGGGACGAACGCAUGCCAGACAGGGAUGCAGGACGAGACCACAGCGAGCGUCGCCACACGACGGAGAACCCAGGAACCAACUUGUUUGUGACGGGUAUUGCCACGCGUAUCGAUGAGACUGAACUGCGUGAAAUCUUUUCACAGUUUGGUCAAGUGGAGUCCGUACAAAUCAUGGCGGACCCACACACAAAGGAAUCGCGUGGUUUUGGAUUCGUUUCCAUGGCCACUGCAGAUGAAGCUGAAGCUGCGCGGGAUGGUUUAUCUGGUCAGGAAAAGCAAGGACGUGUGAUGAGUGUUGAGAAGGCACGUCGAGCACGUCCACGCACACCCACACCUGGUAAGUAUUUUGGUCCUCCUAAACGUGAAGAACGACGUGGUCCACCCGGUCGCAGUGGUGGCGGAUAUCGAGACCGUUACGAUGACCGACGUGGCGGCGAUUAUCGCGGUGGCGGUGGUCGUGGUCGAGACUACGACUCGCGCGACCGCUACGAUGAUCGACGCGGUGGGGAUUCUCGUGGUCGUCGAGACUAUGAUGAUCGUCGCUACGAUGAUUACCCACCUCGACGCUCCUAUGGUGGUGGUUCGAGGGACCGUGACUCGUACUCUUCACGACCUAGGGAUGAAUACCGCGAUGACUAUGCACGCAGCUCGCGUGACGAUCGCGACAGGUACGAACGACGAUAGACGACGCCUCUUCCCUCUCUCGAUUCAAUCGACAGCUAUUUUGCAAGUACAGUGGAAUACUUCCUCUUCCUUCGAUAAUCAGCUUUUUCGACCAUACCGACAGUUCUCAGUCUCGCCAAUCCCAUACGCCUCAGCCUUCCAUUUACUUUCGGUGACAUUUUGACUCUGUAACUUCGUCCUUCACCCUCAAUCUAUCGCCAGUGCAUAAUCGCUGCUAUCUUGUUCGCCAUCCACAGUGCAACAAGGCUGAUCAGUCAACUUUCCACUCGAAGCACACAUCACAGGUAAAGUCAUGUCACUCACUAACAGUAGGAACCAGAAAGGAUGGCAUAAGGCGAACAGCAUCAUACUACGGAGAUUCUCUUCUCUUUAAUUGCAGUAGUUGGAUAACCACCUGAUACCACUGUCUUGUUAGCCAUGUAUGAUUCUUGUAGAAGCAGACUUACUCUCCG